AUGGCUGACCUGGUGCGUGGCUUCGUGGAGCGUUCCUCCACCGUCUUCCUCCGCCGGGGUGGAAAAACCUCGGUGAGCUCUGCGGAGGAUGUCUUGGGCCUGCUGGCGCCACAUGCCAUGAAGGGUACAGACCUGAAAAAACGAUUGCAGCAAGAGCAAGUUAUGACGGCUUUGGACUUGGCAGAGUUGGACAAGGAAGAUCUGCGGGAUUUGGGCCUCGGCAUGGUGGAACGACGGAGAGUCUUGCGCUGGGCCAUGAGCGCCGAGCCGAACAAUUUCCUGGAAAGUUUGCGCACCUCAGAUGAGAUGUUUGGAGCUGAGGGCCGGCCCAUCCACGCUUUGGAGAAGGCACAGAGCGAUCUGGAUCUGUGGUUUUCAUUGGCCAAUACGACCUACUUCCCUGUGCUGAUGCGCCAACUCCGGGAAUCCUUGUCGGGAUCGGAGAAUCUGGCGGCGGACAGCGAGAUUCGCGAGUCCAACAUGCGGGCGCGAAGCAUUCGAGAAAACAUGCUGGAAGAGCACUUCGAUUUGACACCCGAGAGAGUCAAAGAGAUUUUUCAGCACGUCUCCAAUGGGCAGCCCAUUUUGACCGCGCAGCAGCUGGUGGAGGGACUCGGUCACAUCGGCGUCACCUGCACCGAUUUGGUGCCACUGAGCAGCGCCUUUGCUCUGGUGACGCAUCGCGGGGGCUGCCACGCAGGCAUUCGCGCUGAUGAGCUGGAUGUGAUUCUGUCCAGAAUCAAACUGGCACAGCUACUUGGAAGGGGCGAAGGAAGCGUGAGUUGGAGUGUGCCACCUGGCCGCUUGACUUUGGUGGACUACACCAUGCACAAUGCAGUGAUUCAGGACCUGCAAGCGGAAAAGUUGCUGCAGUUUUUCUUCGGCCACCGGAGCCAUAACGAUGGCAGCUUCGGUAAGGCUGCCCAGUGCAGCGCUGGCUGCAUCUGCGCGGCUGCCACUUGCCCUACCAAAGUGGACUUGCACGGCAUCAAUAUCUUUAUCACCCUGGACCAACUGCAUGUGAAGAACGCCAGCAGUUGUCGCCUUGGAUCCGCACCGGUUCAAAUUGGCAGCUCCCACGUCACGCUGAUCCUCUCUGCUCCGCAUCGACCCGACACACUGGUUUCUGUGGUGCAGCCCGCGCGCAAUGCCAGCAAGGACUGGCCGGUGUCGGAGUUCUGCCGCGUAGAUUCGCAGGAAGCGGAUGAUGCCUGGGUCGAGAUUUUGAGGCAACGGCUGAAGAGAACACGCUCGCGGCUUUCAGAGCACGAUGUGCGCUACGUGGGUUUGCAAAUUGUACAGCUGUGUGUGGACAAUCUCGUUUCAGUGGUAAGGGCUUUCGGCGCGCGAUUAGGACACCUGGAUCAGGUGUUGCAACCCGACCGGGGUCCAGAGCUGGAUGACAGCACACCUGAUGCCAGCUGGCUCUCAGAGGUGUCUGCCAUUCGACUCCAAUUGGCAGUGGUUGCUCGUCGCCUCCGCAAUGCCCGGAACAUGUUACGUCGCCUGGAAAGCAUGGUGCCCGACGAUGCGAGCAUGGGCAGAAGGCUGACGGGAUAUCUGCAGGAUGUUUCCGAUGAUGUGGAUGGAGCUCUAGAAGAUGCCAGUCAUUUGAUCGAGAGGUGUAACGCCCUCAGUAGCGCCUAUGACGCUGCUCUCAGUCGUGAACAUGCCGCACAGAGAAGGGUGGCUAAGGAAGCGGAACGGAUCGAGCAGGUGAAGCAAAAUCGACAUGCGCAGAAGUUGAAUGACAUCUUGUUUGUGUUGACAACGGCAACUGCUUUGUUUGCUCCGGUCCAAUUCCUGGCCGGUGUCUAUGGCAUGAACUUUGCCAUUGAUGGUGAUCCAACCAUCCCUGAGCUCAAAUUGGAGUAUGGAUAUCUAUACUUUUGGGCCAUCGUCAUCAUCUAUAUCUUUGGCAGUGGCACCUUAGCGGUACGACUUUUCAGGAAGCUGAGGAUCCAGCAGGAAGCGGCACACUUGCUGAGGAAUCGACAAAAUACUUUUUCAACCCUGGCUGGUGAAAGUCCUCGCGUGCUGGAAGGUGGAAGUCCACAUGAUGAGGGAAUUUCCAGUCCCUACCAACGGUUGACUGGAUGA